AUGAAUCACAUCGUAUAGACUUCGGUCCUUCUUACAUCCUUCUUGACUUAGCUCAUGGAGUAGCUACCUCAACUAGAGGAGAAGAUUGUACUCAAGAACCCCUCAUUCCUUGAACAAGACGACCUUACUGGCUCAACCGAUGAAGCCAGUUGGCCAAAGGUUAAGGUACCUUAUAAUUCUGAGAUCAAGAGUGCAGUCUACAUCUAUGACUGGGAAGAGAAGAAGCUCGAGACUCUCAGAGAUAUGACCAUCCAAAAGUGGGUUGACUCUGAUGGAAACAGAGCUCUUUCAAUGGUUACUCUUAAUGUUCCUCUCCAAGGUGAAAUGACCUGCAGCUCAUAUUUUGAUUUCAAUGCUAGAAAACUUGUUAAGAGCGUUGAGGGCAAAGAUUACUGCGAGGUUAUUGACUUGAAAGAAGAUUUCGUUCUCAGAGAGCAUAUUGAUGCCCUUAAGAACCCAGAUGGUGGAAUAACUACCUAUUUGGGCACCAAGCACUGCAGAUGGACAUAGGAGACUUAUCACGCUUUCAGAAUUGAGGUUGAUAACUUCGAUCUCAAGAGAGUCUUCAUCCUUUACUUCGACGAGACUGCUAAGGAUCUUAAAUGGCUUGCUAUGAUCAGACCACUUCCCUUGAUCUUUGAAAUCGAGAAUGGCCUCUCAGAGAGAAAGUUCUCAGACAAGGACUUCGAGAAGGUGGUAACCGAGUGCCCAAGAGGUUCCAAAAUGGACGAUGAAUCAAUUCAUGAGUUAUUUGGAAUGAUCUGA